UCAUUGCUGAAGUCCAGCUGUAACCCAAUCACUAUCAACUUCACCUCCAGCUUCAUCAUGUGAUUAUCUGUCUCGUUGUACCAAUGCGGCAAUGCUUCUGAAACCAAACAUAGCCCACUUAAAAACCUGCCCCCUUCUAUUUUUAAUUGGGUUUUUACUCUGCAAGAAUUUCCAUGGCUUCCUCACCAUCACCGGUCAAGCUUCUUAUUUUCGGUUUAAUGAUAUACAUUUCUUUGAGUCCAAAGGUUCAAGCUCAGGUUGAUGAGGCAAACUUGAAGCUUAUGACAGAGACGAUUGAAUGGCCGUUAUCAAUGCCUCAUGUGUACGAAGAGAGUUUGGAUGAGAAUGAAGAGGAAGAUAGUUUAGAGGAUGAUGAGGAAGGUGAGUUUGGUCGUAGAUCACUGUUCUGGCAUACAAUGAAGUACUACAUUUCGUAUGGAGCUCUAGCUGCUAAUCGAAUUCCAUGUCCGCCUCGCUCUGGAAGGUCUUACUACACUCACAACUGUUACAAGGCUCGAGGUCCGGCGCACCCUUACACUAGAGGUUGCUCUUCCAUCACUCGUUGCAGGAGAUGAGAAUUAAGAUCGAAUGUAUGUUCGAUUGUGUGUGUGUGUUUUAUAUUUAGUUUGUACU